CAGUGUUCAACUGGUACCCUGCCUUGUGCCCUGAGUUCCUUGGAUGGAUGGAACUUGGCCAAAAUGGUCGUCCAGCUUGGCUUGUGUUUUGGCAGACAGUAGCUGGUCAGAACAAACUGUAUUCUUUAGCAGGGUUACAUAUGGCAUAAUUUGUCAAUGCCAAAUAAAUUGUGAUUCAUCGCGGUUUAAUGCAUGAAUAUAGUUGAUUCUCAGAUCUGCACUAGAGCUGAUUCCAGAUCCAGAUCAGUAAAGUACAGUGUUCCAGCUCCGGAUUUUCUGGGUGCCGUUAUUGGCCUCAUCGCCUAUCGCAGAGCACAGGAUGGACUAGUGGGAACAGAAACAUUAUGGCUGCCAGUCUUUCCUUGACUCAGCUUUCGAGUGGGAACCCUGUGUACGACAAGUACUAUCGACAAGUCGAUCCAUCUGGCAGUGGGCGAGUAGCAGCCACCGACGCGGCCUUGUUCUUAAAAAGGUCUGGUCUUUCAGACUUGGUCCUUGGCAAGAUAUGGGACUUGGCAGAUUCGGAAUGCAAAGGCUUUUUGAACAAACAGCAAUUUUUUGUUGCACUGCGAUUAGUGGCUUGUGCUCAGAAUGGCUUUGAGGUUGCCCACAAAAACCUCACUGUGGCUGUGCCUUCACCAAAGUUUCACGACACAACCAGUCCUCUCCUCCCAUCAAAUGUGCCCAUUGACAGUCCAUGGAUGGUCAAGCCAGAGGAGAAGCUGAAAUUCGAUGCCAUCUUUGACAGUCUCGCGCCAGUGGGUGGCAUACUCACAGGCGACAAGGUCAAACCAGUGCUGCUGAACUCCAAGCUCCCUGUAGAUGUGCUGGGCAGGGUAUGGGAGCUUAGUGAUAUAGACAGAGAUGGAAUGCUGGAUAAAGAUGAGUUUGCAGUGGCUAUGUAUUUGGUGUACAGAGCUCUUGAGAAUGAGCCUGUGCCCAUGGUUCUGCCCCCUCAACUGGUUCCACCAUCGAAAAGGAAAAAAGUGAAUUCGCCUCCUGUUGUGCCUCUCCUCCCUUCACCGCCUUCACUCAAAGAAAGGAGUUCUACCCACUCUGGUUCUCAAACAUUGCCAGCUAAACUCACACCUCCUCAGUGGGUCGUGUCGCCUGGCGAUAAGGCUAAGUAUGACGAGUUGUUCACUAAGACCGACAGCGAUAUGGACGGGUUGGUGUCUGGGCCGGAGGUGAGGGACAUCUUCCUGAAGACGGGACUGCCCUCUGCCACACUUGCUCGCAUAUGGGAGUUAUGUGACAUUGGAGACAUUGGGAAACUGACCAGAGAGCAGUUUGCAUUGGCUCUCUAUUUAAUCAAUCAGAAGCUCUCGAAAGGCAUUGACCCACCUCAAGCGCUCUCUCCGGAGAUGAUCCCUCCAUCUGAUAGGCUAUCACGGCAGAAUAAUGCCUUGUCAUGUCAGGCUGCCGACUUCUCUGCCAUUAAAGAGUUGGACUCCCUCAGUAAUGAGAUUAUGGACCUGCAGAGGGAGAAAAGCUCUGUGGAACAGGAGAUCAAGGAGAAGGAAGAGAGUGUUAGACAGAGGACCAACGAGGUGGAGGACCUGCAGGAGGAAGUGCAGAAAGAGAGCGAGGAGUUGCGGAAGCUACAGGCGGAGCGACAGGAGGUGCAGGAAGCUCUAGAGAGACUGGAUGAGCAAAAGUUGUCCCUAGAGGAGCAGCUCAAGCUCCUACGCCAGCAGUGCAGUCAGGAGAACCAGCUGAUCCAGUCUCUGCAGGCGGAGCACUCCGAGCAGGAGCAGAGGAUAGGAGAUUAUGAGGAGGAGUUGGUGAGGGCGCGAGAGGAGCUGCUUUGUCUCCAGGAACAGACCCGCACUCUGGGGGAGAAAGUGAGCUCAGCCCGUGCUCAGCUCUGCCCUCUACAGGAUGCUGUUACAGAGUCUCACACACAGAUUGCACAGAUGCAGGAACGACUGACUGAGCUAAAGACAGAAGAGCGAGAGGUCGCAGCCCAGCUUACUUGGAAGGUCUUAGUAGAGGAGCCUCCACUUGUCAAUGGAGCAGCGCCCCCUGCUGAACAGCCCAAGCUGCUACAGUGGCCACAGCCCACAGAACAGCCAGCAAAGAAACCAGAAGAUGAGUAUGAAGAUGAGGAAGAGGAGGCGGAAGAGCUGACUCCCCAAGACGAGCCGCAUGAACUGAGAGUGACUGAAGAGCAGCUUGAGGAAGAAUCAGCAGAACUGUCCUUCAGUCCAAAAGAGCUUAAAGUCGAUACUGUGGAAGACCCCUUCACCAGCAUGAUGUCCACAGCCAGAACUCUUAGUGCAGCUUGGCCUCAGAACGAUCCGGAAGGUUCUUCACCUGCUGCAGAGUGGGAGCUAAAGGGAGUGGAAAUGAAACAGCAGGCCAGCAACAGCACCACAAAGGUGGAGUCUCCAGCUCCAGAGCAGAAAGAAGAUCCCCCCCAACCCACAAGUGCUCCCAGUGAGAGCUCGGCAUCCGUCCCUGCUGUCGACUUCUUUCCAUCCGAUCCCUUCAUUGACAGUGACCCUUUCAAAAGCGAUGACCCCUUCUCAAAAGACAUUUCAGAUCCAUUCGGCAGUGACCCUUUCAAAGGCACAGAUCCAUUUGCCACUGACUCCUUCUUCAAGCAGUCUUCCUCCACCACAUUCUCCUCGGAAGAUCCUUUUGUUUCGUCUGACCCGUUCAGCUCAAACACGGGCUCAGCAGAACCAAACCUGUUCUCCUCCCACCUUAACAAUGCGGUGGCUGCAGAUCCGUUUAGUUCUAGCAGUGGCAGCACACCAUUUGCCUCCAAAGUGGAUGACCCUGAUGAGUCUGAUCCGUUCAGCGCAGCAGCCGGGGCAGGGAAUGACCCAUUUGGUGGGUCAGAGCUGUCGUCAAAGGAAACACCAGCAGUUGCUAAUGACCCAUUUGCUCCUGGAGGAACAGUGGUGAAGGCUGACUCAGACCCGGAUCCCUUUGCCACAGUAUUUGGUACUGGUACUGAGUCCUUUGUAGGAGGAUUUGCAGACUUUAGAAAUUUGGAAACGGUAAAGGUCAUUCCUCUUGACAAGACAGAGUCUAAUGGUGCUGACCACUUUGCCUCAUCGAGCACACAUGAUAAGAAUCUAUUUAAGGAAGAAAACCAGUUAGAUGUGCCUCCUGCAUUACCACCCAAAACUGGCACACCUACCAGACCUCCUCCUCCUCCACCAGGUAAGCGGUCAAACAUCUACCGAUCAGACUCAUCAGACUCAGUUCAGAGGCGUGGAAUGGGGGAGUUUUCCUCCCUCCCUGCUAAAGACACUGUGCCAGACCCUUUCGCUCCCUCUGCCCCCUCCCAAGUCCUGCGUGAGCCUGAUCGAUUUGCCACCUUUGACAAAUACCCCACAGAAGAGGACAUGAUCGAAUGGGCAAAGAGGGAGAGUGAGCGAGAGGAGAGGGAGCGUGUGGCCCGACUCACCCAGCAGGAGCAGGAGGAUCUAGAGCUGGCCAUCGCGCUCAGCAAAUCAGAAUUCUCCUGACCUGAACCGGCCUCGAUCCACACUGCCGAGGACUUACGGGUGCUGGGAUUUCACAAUCCCACUAGUUUUAGUACAGUCCAAAUCUGCCCUCAUCCUCCCAGUUUCUCAUCCACUACCUGUCAGUAUGUCAUCUCUUUUCAUGUUGCCAGAACCUCUUCUGAAAACAGUGUGGGUUUGGGGGAGCAUUAGUGUAAAGGUGAAGGACUAAACACAACCUUCAGUGUGUUACCUUGAGCUGUGUUUUCUUGUGUUUUAAUAUCAAUCGACUUUAUAUAUUUCUAACGCAGUCAGUAACGUUUGGCGCUAUGAAGUGUUACUGGCACAUUAACACACUUUCCCCAUUUGCUAUUCUUCUUGCCAUUACUAUGAAAUAUGUAAGUCGGUUUAAGUGCAAAUAUGUGGAAUGAAAAUUUAUUCAGGAAAGCCCUGCCCUUUUAACCUGGUGGGUUUAUUUUGCGUGAUGUGAUCAUGAUAAAAUUGAGCUUUGUGAGGUUAUAGUCAGGAGUGAAAGUGCCCUGGACAUAAAUAUAAAAUAAGUGAUAAUAUGUUUAUAGUAAGUGACAUGAAAUUAGAUAUCUUUCAUGACAUAAAAAAAAAUAAUAAUUAUAAUAUUUUCAUGGAAAAAUAGGAGUUGCUCCAUGACCAAUACCCUCUGUUUUGGUAUGUGGAUCGCCCAGAACUUAUUUUUCUAUUCGGAACACUGUUUAUAAAUUGGUUUAGAGUAGGCAGGUUGGAAUUUAAAACAUUUUAAGCAGGGAAAUCACUAAAGACACCUGUAGAUGUGCUGUACUGGUCUCCGACCCUCCUGGGGUGGAGUUGCUUUAAUGUAUAAAUGUGCUGUUGAAGCCAGGUCACUUCACUGAAUUUAUGGGAUUCAGUUUAGAAAAACACUCAAACAAAAUCUUGUUUGAAAUAAUUUUUAAUGCACUCUAACUCAAUGUAGCUCUUGUGCCAGACGUUUGCCUCACAUAUGACAUUCAAAACCCAAUUAGAAUGUCUUCAGAAUUUAAAUAACCAGCUUUAGAGGGAUUAUUGGUUUCAACAUUUUUAAAUUCUCCUUUAGUCCUCCUUGCAUAUGAGAAUUUGUAAAACUACAGUAUAGGUAUGUAUAAAAAUGUAAUUGUAC